ACUAAUAAUUUUACACAAUUCAGCAACAAUCAAAAUUCAGGUUUAAAAUAUCCUACAAAAAUUUGGAAAAUGAAGAUUGCAACCUCAGUAAUGAUAUCCGACAAUAUGACGAUGUUCUGCGGCGUGGAUAUUGUAAGCGCUCAACUUUCAAGCAUAUGGCAAGGAGAUGAUCCUUUCAAUUACAUAUAUCCUGUUUUCGUCAUGCAGAUAGCCGUUGCUUGCCUAUUUACAUCAACCGUAAAGUCCUUGUUAGAACCUAUCGGUCAGACUUCUUUUAUCUCACAGAUGAUUGGUGGGAUAAUGGUAGGUCCUUCGUGUUUUGGCCGCACCGGGCUCUUCAAAUAUAGAAUAUUCCCUCCGAAUUCCAUGUACAUAUUUGAUAACUGUCAGUACUUUGGUUCCAUGUUUUUUCUAUUCCUUAUAGGAGUGAAGACAGACUUAACCAUGCUUCAGAGGUCAGGGAAGAAGGGAUGGCUUAUAGGUCUAUUUUGCUUCUUCUGUCCUUUAUGCCUUAACUUAUCGGUUUCUAAGAUGAUACAUCAUAACGUAAAGUUAAAUAACAAAGUGGCUGAAUCCUUUGACAACGUAGCUCAUCUAAUGUCGCUAAGCUCGUUCCAUGUCGUGGCUUGCUUCUUAGAUGAUUUGCAGCUCCUCAGUUCGGAGAUCGGGCGUCUAGCAAUGUCAGUGUCAAUGAUAAGUGGACUUUUUAGCUGGUGCUCUCUAUUCAUUAAUUAUACAACUAUGACGAGCAUACAAGCCAAGAAAUCAAAUGCGUGUAUAUGGAUAAUUUUGAGUUGUUGCUUCCUGGUGCUAGUCAUCACUUUCAUUUUGCGGCCGAUAAUGUUUUGGAUAAUCAGAAACACACCAGAAGAGAAAUGCAUAAAGGAAGGCUACAUAUUUUCCAUACUUGUGAUGGUUUUGUUGAGUUCCUUAUUUGGGGAGAUUGUAGGUCAGCAUUUCUUGCUUGGACCUAUAAUCUUAGGUCUGGCUGUUCCUGCUGGACCGCCAUUAGGAGCUGCUAUAGAAGAUAGACUCGAGUGUUUCGUCAAAUCAAUACUCCUGCCAAUCUUUAUUAUCUCCUCCACACUCCAGGUGAACGUUUUUGAAAUACAGCGACAAGAGUUUCUAAUCUUGGAGUUCAUAGUUUUUAUUAGCUUCUUAGGGAAGCUCUUAGGGUCACUCCUGCCUGCUCUAUACUGCGGAGUGCCUUACCAAGAUGCCUUAUGGCUAGGGAUAAUCAUGAAUGUCCAAGGAGUAUUAGAUAUCGAGUUCUGGGUAUGGGCAGUCGGUCUUAAGCUUAUUAGCCAGCGCAUUUACACUUGCCUGGUUUUGUCAGCGGUGAUUGUAACUGGAACAAUCUCGCCAUCGGUGAAAUUCCUGUACAACCCUUCGAGAAGAUGCAAUGCAUACAAGAAAAGAACUAUCAAGAACUGCAGCAAACGGAAUGUAGAGUUUCGGAUACUUUCCUGCAUCUACCACAACGAAAAUGUCCCCACCAUCCUAAAUGUCCUUGAAGCUUCUCAUCCAACAACAUAUGGUCCUAUCUGCAUUUACAUGCUCCAUCUAAUACCACUUCAAGGUCGAGCAUCACCUCUACUUGUUACUCAUAAGAACAGCCAAAAGGAAGAUUCUUCAAACAGUUUUAACCCGUCUUCUCACAUAAUCAAUGCCUUCAAACUCUACGAAAAACAAAACGAGGGGACAGUUUCUGUAAAUUCGCUCACUGCAAUCUCACCUUACAGUACAAUGCAUGAUGAUAUUUGUUCGGUCGCGUCCGAGAGAAGAACAUCUUUAAUAAUCUUACCUUUCCAUCAUCAUCCAAGUUUCAGUAGUACGUCCCACUUGCCCACAUCAAUCAGAAAAGUGAACCAGAACGUUCUUAAGACGGCCCCUUGUUCUGUUGGUCUCCUAGUAGAUCGAGGGUCACCACAGCGAGCGCAAGCAUCAAAUAAAAACGACAAAUCUCCGUAUCUUGUUGCAGUAAUCUUCUUGGGUGGUGAAGAUGAUAGAGAGGCACUAGCUUAUGGUGCUCGCAUGGGAGAAAACAGUAGCGUGAAACUAACGGUAUUCAGGUUUUCUAUUCGCAGGGAGAACCCGGAUCCAGCUUCAAAUGCGGACAUGUUAGACAAUCAUAGUAUAGAUGACUUUAAGAAGUAUAGUGUAGGUAAUGAAAAUGUAGUGUACCGAGAAGAGGAAGUGAAAGACAGUAUAGGGAUCGUUACGGUGAUCACAUCCAUCGAACACUCGUUCGACCUUUUAAUACUGGGAAAAGACCAUGACCAAAACUCAUCAUCAGAUCUUCUUCGAGGUCUAGAGGAGUGGAGUGAGUUCCCAGAGUUAGGGCUGGUUGGAGACAUGCUUGCUUCAUCUAACUCAAAUUGUAAUGGAUCGAUAUUGGUGGUUCAGCAACAAUCCUCAGUUGAUUCAACCUUGCUCGAUAGCCCUAAAUAUUAUUUUGGUGAAUUAGCCUAGGGUAGUUAGUAUAGCUAAAUGGGGUUACUCGGACCCGUUGCAGUAUAAUAGCAAUUCUUCUUUCUGUUGAUGUGCACAUUCAACCAAGUAUCGUAAGAAAAUUGUUCCAUAGAAACGAAACUAAAUUCUAGUAGACAAAAUCGUGAAAAUUUCAUAUUUAAAUAUAAAUUUGAAGUGCAGAUUCCUCUUUUAGAUGAGUUCUAUAUGCAUUGUGGGAGAGUCUGAGACCCUUCUGCACUUUCCUUAUGAAUAAGCUUUCCGCA